CCGCUUCCGGGUUACGUCGCAGCCCGCCUCUUCUUUUCUCCGGGUCACGGGAAGCCCCGCCCUCCUGGCGAGCCGCGCGCGGCGGGCUGAUGGCGGAGCCGGGCCCCGAGGAGGAGGAGCUGGCGCACGCCGAAGUGCUCGAGCUGUUCCAGGAGGGGCUGGCUCGCCUCGUGCAGGACCCGCUGCUCUGCGACCUCCCCGUGCAGGUUACCGUGGAGGAAAUCAAUUCUCAGAUUGCGCUGGAGUAUGGCCAAGCCAUGACUGUGCGGGUGUGCAAGGUGGAUGAAGAAGUUAUGCCUGUAGUAGUGGUACAGAAUGCCAGUGUCCUGGACCUGAAGAAAGCCAUCCAGCGAUAUGUUCAGCUGAAGCAGGAGCGGGAAGGGGGCAUACAGCACAUUAGCUGGACCUACGUAUGGAGAACAUAUCACUUAACCUUUGCUGGAGAGAAAAUGACAGAUGACAAAAAGAAGCUGCGAGAGUACGGCAUCAGAAAUCGCGAUGAGGUCUGCUUUAUAAAGAAGCUUCGAAAGUGACCUGUAAGCUCCAGGCACAGCAUUCCCUCUGCCUGAAAAGGACUAACUCAAGGCUGUUACUGUAGCAGGACCAGCCUCCAGAUUCAGCAUCUUUCCAGAAGAGAAACUUGUGGCAUUUCAAAGAAGAGCAAAUGCAGGAGGCAAUGAAAAUUCUCUUAUAGGUUAGUGUUUGAAUGUGGUGUUUGCUUUUGCUGUGCCCUGGCUAUGAAGGACAAAUGGUGCAUUUUGAUGCUUUUCAGAGCCCUCUGAAGUUCCGUCUGCCAGAACUUGAUGCCACCAUGGGCACAACCACAAAUAAAGGACUAAGCCUAAUAAUUUAGGCAGCUGUCUUGAUCGGACUUUGGUCAUGAGGAAACAGACACUGAAGCAGUCCAGACCACAGAGAGGUGGUAUUGAUCUUGAGCUACUGCUAGCUUAAAAAAUGAAUAUGGUGAAAGCAUAGAGCAUUGCCUCUAAGAAGCCAUAAAUAGUGGCAUGAGGCCUUGAGCCCAGAAGAUGGGAAUCAGACCAACAGCAGCUAGAGAGCACGCAUGUAGUCAGAGGACUGGCCUGUAUGAAAAACCAAGGCGUUUGUGCUUGCUCCCUUAGUGAGAUAGGCAGGAUGUGAUGGUCUCGAAACAAGGAACUGGCACCUAUAAAACAAGCUGAGGCAGCAGCUCCAUGUUGCAGAAUGGCAGCCUAUGUGUGUUUAAAUACAUUUAAUAAAGAUGGUGUGAUGGGUUUGAA